AUGCCUGACCGGGACAGCUAUGCCAACGGCACUGGGAGCAGCGGUGGAGGCCCUGGAGGCGGUGGCAGCGAGGAGGCCAGUGGGACAGGGGCAGGCAGUGGCGGGGCCAGCUCAGAUGCUAUCUGUAGAGACUUCCUGAGGAAUGUGUGCAAGCGAGGCAAGCGUUGCCGCUAUCGCCAUCCGGACAUGAGUGAGGUGUCCAACUUGGGGGUGAGCAAAAAUGAGUUCAUCUUCUGCCAUGACUUCCAGAACAAGGAGUGUAGUCGCCCAAACUGCCGAUUCAUCCAUGGCUCCAAGGAGGAUGAGGAUGGCUAUAAAAAGACAGGAGAGCUUCCCCCUCGGCUGAGGCAGAAAGUGGCAGCCGGCCUGGGCCUUUCACCAGCUGACCUACCAAAUGGGAAGGAGGAGGUCCCUAUCUGCCGUGACUUUCUCAAGGGUGAUUGCCAGAGAGGCGCCAAGUGCAAGUUCCGUCACCUGCAGCGGGAUUUUGAGUUUGAUGCCCGGGGUGGAGGAGGUGCUGGUGGUGGGGGCUCAACAGGCCCAGUUCCCCCAGGACGACGUCAUGACCUCUAUGAUAUCUACGACCUCCCUGACAGGGGCUUUGAGGACCAUGAGCCAGGCCCCAAGCGCCGGCGAGGUGGAUGCUGCCCCCCAGAUGGCCCCCAUUUUGAAUCAUAUGAAUACAGCCUGGCUCCACCCCGAGGGGUGGAGUGCAGGCUGCUAGAGGAAGAGAAUGCCAUGCUCAGGAAGCGGGUAGAGGAGCUAAAGAAGCAGGUCAGCAACCUUCUGGCCACCAACGAGGUACUGCUGGAACAAAAUGCCCAGUUCCGCAAUCAGGCCAAGGUCAUGACCCUGAGCUCCACUGCACCAGCAACUGAGCAGACUCUGGCCCCCACCGUGGGCACUGUCACCACUUUUAACCAUGGCAUCGCCCAGACUCACACUACUCUCAGCAGCCAGGCUCUACAGCCUCGCCCCGUGUCCCAGCAAGAACUGGUGGCCCCUGCGGGAGCUCCAGCUGCUCCCCCAGCUAAUGCUGCACCACCUGCCGCUCCACCACCCCCACCCCCACACUUGAACCCAGAGAUCACGCCACUGUCGGCUGCUCUGGCUCAAACAAUUGCCCAGGGAAUGGCACCCCCACCUGUCUCCAUGGCUCCUGUGGCUGUAUCUGUGGCUCCUGUGGCUGUAUCGAUGGCCCAGCCCUUGGCAGGAAUCACAAUGAGCCACACCACCACUCCCAUGGUGACUUACCCCAUCGCCUCCCAGAGCAUGCGUAUCACAGCCAUGCCACACUGAUGGGGCUAAUGGACACUCCCCUGGUAUAGCCUCACAGGGCUGGGGUCGAGGGGCCCUUACCUACCCACUCGCCUAGCCCUCCCAGGCCCUGUCCGAAGGGCUCACUCAUGAACUAGGACAAGAGAGACUACAAGGAGUUUGCUUCUGAGCAGGGGUUGGGUUGGUGUGUUUUCUCUCACCUCCCUU